AUGGAAAAUUUUGAAAAUAAAGUAAAAGGGUUGACUCCAAAAGCAUUGUCAUCCACUCGUUGGGAGAGUCGUGUAGAAAGUGUCAAAGCUAUAAGAACUCAAAUGUCAGAUUUUACAGAAGCUUUACUUGAAGUGUCAGAAAAUGAUCUCGAUCCUAAAAUACAAAAUGAAGCUAAAUCCUUAGCAACAAAUGAGCUUGGUGAUUUUGAGUUUUUUAUGGCUAUAAUUAUUUGGUUUGAAAUAUUAUCUGCAAUUGAUUUUGUUAGCAAGCUUUUAAAGGUGAAGGAUAUGCUUAUUGAUGUUGCUAUGAAAAAAAAUAAAUUUGAUGAGAAUUUGAAUUCUCCAGCAGUCGAGUUAUCUGAAGAGAAAUCUUUCAGGGUUAAUUAUUUUCUUUACCUUGUUGAUCAAGCUCUUGUUUCUCUUACUAAGAGAUUUGAGCAAUACCAAGAGUAUGAAAGUAUUAGCAAUUUUUGGCAAGUUGGAAUGAAGAGAAAUCAUAAGAACAAGCUUGCAAGGAGGAUGGAAGACCAAAAGAAGAAGAUUUGCACAAGAAGGUCCGCUCAGCGGAGCUUAAGCGGAGGCAGGCAGAAACUUUUGGUCACCAAGCCCGCUCAACGGACCUCUAGCGGAGCUGGACAGAGGCGAGCAACAAAUUUGGUUCCGCUUAGCGGACCCCCUCUGCUCAGCGGACCUUGA